AUGAAAGGUGACGUGGUAGCCUCCGUCAUCAAAUGUGCCGUCAAACACGGCAUCAUCAACGCCAACACCGUUGAAGUGCUCACCAGCACGCUCUCGUCACAAGUAGACCUGUCUAACUGCUGUAACGACACCAUGAACAUGUUCAUGAUCCACCUCAACACCGUCGCUGCCAUGUUCCCGCAUAGUGCGGCGAUGUCGUCUGUGCGUGAUGCGUGUGUGCUGAGUGUGCUCGAGUAUCCGCCCGAUGCGCUCUACACGCACACCAAGGCGGUGUCUAAUGAUGU